AUGCCUGUAGUCGAAGCUGUGGUUCCAGAUGUGGUAGAUGCAGAUGUUGAUGCUCCAGUGGCCGAGGCACUUCCAGAGGUUGUCGAUGGAGAUGUUGUGGAUGCGCCAGUUGUCGAUGCUGUCGAUGGAGAUGUAGUUGAUGCAUCGGUGGUCGAGGCACUUGACGAUACGCCAGUGGUCGAGGCUGUCGAUGGAGAGGUUGUUGAUGCAUCAGUGGUCGAUGGGGAGGUUGUUGACACGCCAGUUGUCGAUGCAGUGGAUGGAGAUGUAGUUGAUGCGUCAGUGGUCGAUGGGGAGGUUGUUGACACGCCAGUUGUCGACGCAGUGGAUGGAGAUGUAGUUGAUGCAUCAGUGGUGGACGGAGAGGUUGUCGAGGCUGUCGAGGUAGUUGAGACUCCAGAGGUUGUUGAGGCAUCGGUGGUGGUCGAGGCACUUGUUGAUGCGCCAGUGGUCGAGGCUGUCGAUGGAGAUGUAGUUGAUGCAUCAGUAGUCGAUGGGGAGGUUGUCGAAGCAGUCGUUGUGGUUGUGCCUGUGGAUGGUGAUGUUGUCGAUGGCGAAGUUGUUGAGGCGGUGGUGGCAGUUGUGGUUGAUGGGGAUGUUGUAGAUGCUGCGGUGGUCGAUGGAGAGGUAGUUGAUGCGCCAGUGGUCGAUGGAGAGGUUGUCGAGGCUGUGGUCGUAGUCGAGACUCCAGUUGUUGUGGAUGGGGAGGUUGUCGAUGCAGUAGAUGGAGAUGUAGUUGAUGCGCCAGUUGUAGAUGGAGAGGUAGUCGAAGCGUCAGUGGUCGAUGCAGUGGAUGGAGAUGUAGUUGAUGCGCCAGUGGUCGAUGGAGAGGUUGUUGAUGCAUCGGUGGUCGAUGGGGAGGUUGUCGAAGCGGUCGAUGUAGUUGGGACUCCAGUCGUAGUGGCGGCAGUUGUAGACGGAGAUGUUGUCGAUGGCGAAGUUGUUGAUGCAUCCGUGGUCGAUGGAGAGGUUGUCGAAGCGCCAGUGGUCGAUGGUGAUGUUGUGGAAGCGCCAGUGGUCGAGGCUGUCGAUAGAGAGGUUGUCGAGGCUGUCGUGGUGGAUGGCGACGUUGUUGAUGCAUCAGUGGUCGAUGAUGGGGAGGUUGUCGAAGCUGUCGUAGUAACUGGGGUUCCAGUCGUUGUGGCGGUUGUGGAUGGCGAAGUUGUUGAGGCAGUGGUGCCAGUUGUGGUCGAUGGGGAGGUUGUCGACGCAGUUGAUGUAGUUGGGACCCCAGUUGUUGUGGCGGUAGUUGUUGAAGGCGAAGUAGUUGAGGCGGUGGUGCCAGUUGUAGUCGAUGAGGAAGAUGUAGAGGCUGUCGUAGUAGUUGGUGCAGUUGUACCAGCAGUAGUCGAUGGUGAGGUUGUCGAAGCUGUCGAUGUAGUAGGGACUCCAGUCGUUGUGGCGGUAGUUGUGGAUGGCGAAGUUGUUGAAGCGGUGGUGCCAGUUGUGGUCGAUGGAGAUGUUGUUGAGGCGGUCGUUGUCGUGGAUGGUGAAGUUGAGGUUGUGCCAGUUGUAGUUGUGGAGGUAGUGGAUGAGGAGUUUUGGUAA